AUGGUGGGCUGGAUCUCCAAGAGCAGCAAGCCCAAGGCAGUUAAUCCUGGAUUUAGGAACCUGAAGGAACCAAGAAGGAGCUUCUUCCUACAGAAAAGGAAAAUGUUGUAUGCCCAGAUCCUUGCCCUGGCAGUGGCUGUGGCGCAGUACAGAGCCGUGGCCGUUCAUGAAGCAUGCAGGACAGCGGAGGUGGCCGAUAUUUUGUUCCUCGUGGGGCAGUCACAGGGCGUAGGGAGGGAGAACUCCCGGCUGGUCAAGGACUUCAUCAGCAGCAUGGCCCGUUCCUUUGAGAACGUGGUGAUGGGCAAAGGAGGCAUCCGGCUGGCAGUGGCGCUCUACGGGGAGAAACCAAGGAUGAGUAUUGAGCUCACGGAUUAUGUGACCAUUGAAGAAAUCCUGGUGGCAAUUCAGGAUCUCUCCUUCAAAGGUGGCAACUUAAAAACAGGGUCAGCCCUGACGUUUGCGGCUCACGCCAUGUCUCGCCUGGACAUGCUGCGAGAGGAUGCAGCAAAGGUAGUUGUUUUGAUCACGGAUGAGAAGUCCGGCGACUUAGUUGAGGAUGAAGCCCGGGUCCUGCAGGAUAGGGGGGUGACGGUGUUUGCUGUAGGGAUUAAGGGUGCUGACAAGAAUGAACUGAACAAAAUAGCUUCAGAACCCACUGCAGAGCACGUGCUUUACAUUGAAGAUUUCCACCUGCUCCACAACGUGGCCCCCAAACUCUCUCGAAGGCUCUGUUUCACUGCCUCAGAGCCGCCACGACCCAUCAAACAGACUGUACAAGCUGAGAAGAUCAUCGGCCCCCGGGAUUUGUAUGUUAGUGAGCACAGCCACAGCUCACUGCGACUCACGUGGAUGCCAGCCACAGGGAAGGUGACGGGGUACCGUGUCCAUCUGCAUCCCUUGCUGCCUUCAGGGCAGCCCAUUUCAGAGGACCAGCGGCAGAUUGUGGUGGAUGGUGACAAAAGUACCGUGCUGGUGACUGAUCUGAAACCCAACACCAAGUAUGUCUUCACGGUGAGGGCCAUCUAUGCAGAUGCCCUUCGGGAGUCAGCAGCUGUCAAGGGGAAAACAAACAAGAGGGUCUUUGACAUGACACUUUAUUACAGCACUGUCUCAUCAAUUUCUGCAAUGUUUUUGUACCCCAAAGCACCUGUGCCUCCGGUCACUAAUUUCCGUGUGAUAGAAGAAGGACUUUUUAGCUUAAAGGUGGCUUGGACACCUCCACUGGGCAAGCUGGAGGGCUACAAGAUCUAUAUCCCCAGAGCCAACAGACCAGGAAUGACCUAUGAGCAGGUUCUGCGGGGCGAUGUCUCUUCCCACCUGCUGGAUAACUUGCAGGAGGAUAGGGAAUACAGCAUCAGCAUCUACGCGGUGUACCCCCAGGGACCAAGCCAGCCUGUGGCUGCUGUAGGAAGAACAUUGAAGCUCCUGCCUGUGAAAAGCAUCUUGCUGCAGAAUGAGACCACCGACACGCUCCAGGCAAGGUGGAGCCCCGUCCGGGGAGCAACAGGAUAUAGACUCACCUGGACAUCAGCAGAGGGUAACAUCCAAGACGUGAACCUCGGCAACACCUACAGCUAUUACAUGAUCCAGGGGCUGCAGCCUGGCACAGAGUACACCGUCACUAUCAACCCCAUCUUUGGGGACAUCGAGGGCCCGGUGGUGAGCGGUAAAGCAACAACAGUGGCAUCAAGCACCGUUCAGAUGCUGAAAGUAAGUGAGAUAUCCAUUAACAGCGCUCUGGUCUCCUGGGACUCGGUUGCUGGGGCCACCGGGUACCGAGUGGCUUGGGGUCCUACACCAGAAUUCUUUGGCAAAGACCGUCCUCGGCAGCUGGCCCUCAACAGGUCGAUCACAACCUACCAGCUCCGCAACCUGGCCCAUGACACCGAAUAUGUGAUUUCCCUCUAUGUGCUCUUUGGCUCAGUGGAGGGACCAGGGAUCACAACCUCAGCCAGGACAUCUCCUCUUGGCUACGUCUCCAAUUUCAAGGUGAUGUCCUACACCAGCACAAGUCUGUCUCUGGUGUGGAGUGCCACCGCAGCUGCCACCAAAUUCAAAGUCACCUGGAGCCCUGUGGGAGCAGACAAAGAAAAACAAGUUGCCAAGACUCAGUACCUGGGCAGUAGGGUGUUGGCUUACCGGAUUGACCACUUGCUGCCCAACACCCUGUAUAAAGUCAGUGUUCGGGCUGUCUUCAGCAAAGCGGAGGGGCCAGAGGUGACUCUGACUCACCACACAGGUGGCUUGGAAACCUCCCAGGUGGUUGCAGCAGAGACAGUCUCCUUCACGAUCCCUAAACUGAAGGAGAGCACCACCUAUACCAUCUGCAUGUCUGCAAUGAUCGGGGGACGGGAGGGAAGCCCCACACUCCUCACAGCCAAAACUUUCUGUGGCAAGUUCAAAGCAGACAUUGGGUUCCUGGUGGACGAGUCCUCGAGUAUUGGCCAGAGCAACUUCAAUAAAGUGAAGGAUUUCCUCUUCCGGAUCAUUUCCUAUUUCCCUAAGAUUGGGCCUGAAGGGACACAGGUUGCUGUUGCGCAGUACAGCGAGGAGCCCAGGGCAGCCUUCCACUUCAACCAGCACCGGGACCGCAACGGUGCCCUGAAAGCCAUCAAGGGACUGACCUAUGCCGGAGGCAACACAAAAACAGGGAUCCGCAUCAUCGCUGUGGGUGUCUCAGGAGCUGACCCCGUUGAGCUCAACAGCAUUUUGCUGCAGCAGAACCUCCAGAAUGUUUUCUAUGUCAGCACGUUUGACGACUUCCCCCAGAUCCUCCGAGAGCUGAUAGAAGUCAUUUGUUCUGACCUUCAGCCUUCAGGGGCCCAACUACCAUCCAGGGAGGGUCUACCUGGGAACGAUGGCAUUCCCGGGCUGCCGGGCCGACCGGGGCGGACAGGUCCUCCUGGUCCCCCUGGACUCAUGGGUCUCCCUGGCAUCCAAGGUGAUACGGGCGAACCAGGCUAUGUCCUGGGAGGCGUGGAGGUGAUUCCCGGCCGAAAUGGGCAGCCUGGCCCCCCCGGACAGAAAGGGCAGCCAGGGGUUCCUGGGGUAGCAGGACCACCAGGUUUACCAGGGCCACAGGGGCCACCAGGACUCUCCAUCAAGGGUGAACCAGGGGAUUCGGGUAUCAGGGGCCCUCGUGGGAGGAAUGGCCUCAAGGGUGACAGAGGAGGUGUGGGAGAACCGCUGACACUGCUGAAGGACCUCUCCGACGCGCUCCUGAGGGAUGGGCUGGAUGGGCUGGUGCAGCAGCUGAGUGGCUCCCAGACAAGCAAGACUUCCAGGAGAAAGCAGGCAGCUCUGCAUGCCACCGACCAUGGCGGUGAGCCAGGGGCCCCAGGCCCUCCUGGAGCUCAAGGCAUCCAGGGCAUUCGUGGCAACGCCGGCACCCCUGGGUCACAGGGGGACAGAGGGGCUCCAGGUCUGCCUGGGAUGCCAGGACAGAAGGGUGACGAGGGCAUUGUGGGAGUCCGGGGCCCCACUGGAAUGAUGGGUGAGCCCAUGACUAUUUUUGGACCCCAGGGCUAUAAAGGCAGUAAAGGAGAUCCCGGUGAACGGGGCCUGCCAGGUUUUGACGGAGACAAAGGCGAGAAGGGAGAGGAUGGGCCUGUAGGAGAAAAGGGUACAGCAGGUCUUAAUGGGAAGAACGGAAACAAGGGAGCCAAAGGCGACAGAGGUCUUCAGGGGCAGAAGGGGAAGCCGGCCUCGUUACUGGAGUCAGGUUCUUGCUCAGGGGCUUACGAGGGCUCCCAGGACGCAUUGGCGCUCCCGGAGCUGCAGGCAUCAAGGGGGCCAAAGGAGUUCCUGGCUUGGGAGGCUUCAAAGGACAAAUGGGAUGGCCUGGGAAGACUGGAGUGGCUGGACCAGACGGACCUCAAGGGCCACAGGGUGAACCAGGGCCACAGGGUCCACGAGGGAAAAGAGGGAGACCUCAGCUCUGCCUCAGGGGACCCCCAGGCAUGGAUGGCAGAAAAGGAGAAAUGGUCAGUAUGGGGGCGAGCCAACCUCGACUUCCAGUGA